AUGCUGAAGCUCUGUUUGGUUGCGGCUUGCACUAUUUUGGCGGUUGUUUCUUCGGGGAAGGCUAUGCCUCCUCCGGACUUAGAAAACGAUCCAAAUGUACAGGUAAGCUAAGCAGUUUAAAACAGCAACAACACAGUAUUAGAGAUAGUUUGCUAUAUCAACCAAACGCAUAUCAAAACGUCGCUUAUAAUUUUUAAUCCCAACGUUUUUUCAGAAACUCGCAAAAGACGGCGUAGCGCAAUAUGCAAAAGAGCACAAUAAAAUGGUCGGAUUUGUGAAGGUUACAAAAGCCACAAGGCGUAUUGUCGCAGGUACGGAAUACUCUCUGGACAUUGACGCUCUGAUCAUAAAGCCCCACUCAAAGGUGGGCAUCCCGCUUCACGACGACAUUUUCAUCAACCCAAGAGGAGUCACAAAGUUCGAUUGAAUGUUUCAUAAAAAAGGCACCUGCUUCUUACAUUCGCAUAUGACACCUUGAAAAUAAAUAUAAGAUAUGCUUGUACGUUUUGAACAAGGCUUGCAAAAUUUAAUAUCGGAGGAGUUCUCUGGUACGAAGAACACCAUUUUUAGUUCGAGCUGUACAAAAGUCGUUUCUGGACAAUUGGAAUGACCUUCAUGUUUGUCCUUUGUUCAUGUCACUGUAAGAAGCAAUUUUUUUGGUCAGAGAAAGGAGGCAAAACGACGUUAAUAUUUAUUACGUAUAGGUGUAUUUAGAGGCGUUUUUUGCCAAAUAGUCAUGUCCGAAAUUGUACCAUUAAUCAAACAAAACUAAAGUCUAUCUUUCACAAUUAUUUUCAAAAAAGUCAAUAACAAAUUAUGUGAUAUAUGCGAGCAUUAAAAUGACAACUUAACAUACGUACAUUGAUUAUUUUUUUAAUUAAAAAAUGCAAUAUAAAAUUCGAAACUUUAUCUUGUUUUAUUCAUUUUAAGAUGUCUUUUAAGAUUUUCGCAAUCUUCUUCCUUGUUCUUGCCGUACGUCUCGGUCUCGCCGACACAGAAGACGGUUUUGUUCCUGUUCCUAUAAAAGAAGAUGAGGUAAUUUAGCUUUUAUUGUCUUCUUUCGUGUACAAUACAUAGGAUUUGGCUCGUCGCGCGAUGGCCUACCUUCCCGGUGGAUUUGAUCGUUUCAAAUUGUCCGGAAUCUUUUUGGCCGAGGAAAGAUCUGAGCCGGUGCUCGCCUACAGGAUCUUCCGUAACAAAUGGUAUCUAUCGCCAGGACUUUUUGGACACAGUUGUUAUUUAUGA